AUGGCCUGGACCCCACCAGAUCCAGCCCGGCUGAUGGUUCAAAAUGCCUCGCAUCGACCUUCACAGUCGAUCGAUGGCGAUACAUUGCGUCCGCGGGCGGACUCAUUCGCUUCUUCUGCUGAUACUAUGGUUCGCUCGCGGGCGAACUCCGAGGUAGACCCGGCCCAUACUUCCAAAGAUGCGUAUGACGAUGUAUCGCUGUCGGAUGCUUUGAAACCGGAUCCGCGGAAUGAAUCUGAUUUCGAAGUGGAGGAUAAUCGGUUUGCAUUUUCCCCGGGUCAACUAAACAAAAUGCAGAAUCCGAAGUCCUUGGCUGCAUUCCAUGCUCUUGGCGGAUUGCAGGGUCUGGAGCGCGGUCUGCGAACAGAUCUGAAUGCCGGUUUGUCAAUGGAUGAAGGGUGUCUGGAGGGAAAAGUCGAGUUCCAGGAUGUGGCGCCUGCGGCGCAAAAGACAUCUACAGAGAAAUCUUCAUCAAACCUUGUCACUUCAGCGCCGGCGCCAUCUGGUAAUGGCUCGCCCUUUGAAGACCGUAUUCGUGUCUUCAGUCUGAAUAAGCUACCCGCUCGGAAAUCGACUGGGUUCCUGAAAUUAUUCUGGGCUGCAUAUAAUGACAAAAUUAUUAUAUUAUUGACCAUCGCCGCCGUGGUGUCACUAUCACUGGGGAUAUACGAGACCGUGUCAGAAGGCUCGGGUGUCGACUGGGUGGAGGGAGUUGCCAUCUGCGUGGCAAUUUUGAUUGUCACAAACGAUGAUCGUGAAGUCAAAGUCACCCGCUCAGGCAAAACUGACAUGGUUUCGAUCUACGAUAUCAUGGUUGGCGACAUCCUACAUCUCGAGGCAGGCGACUCCAUCCCCGCGGAUGGUAUUCUAGUUUCAGGCUACGGCGUAAAGUGCGAUGAGUCUUCUGCCACUGGCGAGUCGGAUCAAAUGAAAAAGACCCCCGGCCAAGAAGUCUGGCAGCAAAUUGUCGGCGGCAAGGCCACCAAGAAACUUGACCCGUUCCUGAUCUCCGGUAGUAAGGUCCUCGAAGGUGUGGGGACUUAUGUUGUCACCAGUGUUGGGCCGUAUUCUACCUACGGACGGAUCUUGCUGUCGCUGCAGACUCCUAAUGAUCCAACGCCGCUUCAGGUCAAACUGGGUAAGUUGGCGGAUUGGAUUGGAUAUUUGGGUACAGCGGCUGCUGGUAUUCUAUUCUUCGUUCUGCUCUUCCGAUUUGUAGCCGAUCUCCCUAAUCACCCGGAAAAGAAUGGUGCUAUGAAAGGCAAAGAGUUUGUGGAUAUUCUUAUUGUUGCUGUCACGGUUAUUGUUGUCGCUAUUCCAGAGGGUCUUCCAUUGGCAGUAACGCUGGCUUUGGCCUUUGCUACUACACGAAUGGUCAAGGAGAACAACCUCGUCCGUGUCCUUCGCGCAUGCGAGACUAUGGGCAAUGCCACAGUCAUCUGCUCUGAUAAAACAGGUACAUUGACACAGAACAAAAUGACUGUUGUGGCCGGAACUUGGGGCUCGAAUCAGGACUUCAGCCAGAGAACCGAAGAUGAAGAUGUGGAGAGUUCGAUGACUAUUUCGGCGGUUUCCCAGAAAUUAUCGGCUCCCAUCAAGGAUUUGAUCAUCAAGAGCAUCGCUUUGAACUCGACUGCCUUUGAACAGGAAAAAGACGGCUCCAUAGAUUUUGUCGGUAGUAAGACUGAGGUAGCGAUGCUUCAGUUGGCCCGGGAUUAUAUGGGCAUGGAUCUUGUCUCGGAGCGUGGCUCCGCUGAGAUCACCCAAUUGAUUCCUUUCGACUCCGCUAGGAAGUGCAUGGGUGUUGUUUACCGUGUCCCUGGUGCUGGCUACCGACUGCUUGUUAAGGGAGCGUCCGAGUUGAUGGUCGGUGUCUGUACCACAGAAAUUGUCAACAUUGAUAUCUCCAAAGAGAGACCCGAUGUGGAGCAGCUUUCUGAGGCACAGAAGAAGAACCUUCUCGAGAUUAUUGACAAUUAUGCUCACAAGUCUCUUCGGACGAUUGGCAUGGUCUACAAGGACUUCGCAACCUGGCCUCCGACAGAAGCCAAACAUUCUGAAGAUGCUUCGGCGAAGUUUGAGGAUUUCUUCCAUGGUAUGACUUGGGUUGGAGUUGUGGGUAUCCAAGACCCUCUUCGCCCCGAAGUCCCGUCAGCCAUUCGCAAAUGUCACUCGGCAGGCGUCCAGGUCAAGAUGGUGACUGGUGAUAACGUUGCCACUGCCACUGCCAUUGCAUCUUCUUGUGGAAUUAAGACGGAGGAUGGAUUGGUCAUGGAAGGUCCCAAGUUCCGCCAACUUACAAACGCGGAGAUGGAUGAAGUAAUCCCGCGCCUGCAAGUUCUAGCGCGAUCAUCCCCCGAUGACAAGCGAAUCUUGGUCGAACGGCUCAAGAUCCUCGGUGAAACUGUCGCUGUGACAGGUGAUGGUACUAAUGACGGACCAGCUUUGCGGACUGCAGAUGUCGGCUUCUCCAUGGGUAUUGCCGGUACUGAGGUUGCGAAGGAGGCCAGUUCGAUUAUUCUUCUGGAUGAUAAUUUCAAGUCCAUUAUCACAGCAAUCUCUUGGGGACGAGCUGUCAAUGACGCCGUUGCCAAGUUUUUGCAGUUCCAGGUCACAGUCAAUAUCACAGCUGUGGUACUCACCUUCGUGUCAUCUGUAUACAGCAGUGAUAACACUAGUGUUUUGACCGCUGUGCAGCUGCUCUGGGUGAACCUGAUUAUGGACACCUUCGCCGCUCUCGCUUUAGCCACGGACGCCCCGACUGAACAAAUUCUCGACCGCAAGCCUGUCCCCAAACACGCCUCCCUCUUCACAUUGACCAUGUGGAAAAUGAUCCUCGGUCAAGCGGUAUACCAGCUAGCCAUCACAUUCAUGCUUUACUUCGCAGGCGACAAGCUCCUCAGUGCUCAUCUCAGCUCCGAACCCGAGUUGCGCGCUAAGCAGCUCGCCACCGUGGUAUUCAAUACGUUCGUGUGGAUGCAGAUCUUCAAUGAAUUCAACAACCGCCGUCUCGACAACAAGUUCAAUAUCUUCGAAGGCAUGUUCCGCAACUACUGGUUCCUAGGAAUCAAUGCCAUCAUGAUCGGUGGUCAGAUCAUGAUCGUCUACGUUGGCGGCCAGGCAUUCAACGUGACUCGCUUGAGCGGCACCCUCUGGGGUGUUUGUAUUAUAUGUUCUAUUGCCUGCUUGCCCUGGGCUAUCGCUCUCCGACUCAUCCCAGACUACCAUUUCGGGCUUGUUUUCAAUGCUGUUGUUGGCGGCAUGGCUGUUGUUUUGCGCCCGCUUUCUAAGGGCUGCAAGGCAAUUGGUCAUGGUAUCAAGUCCUUCUUUAGGCCUGUAAAGCGUUUCUAUCGCCGUAUUGUCACCAAGCGGAAGUCAGAAGACGCAGUUGAGUUGAAUACGCCACCCACAGAGUCUGUUGAUCCCGAACAAGCUCCGGAGAGUCUUGACCUCAGCAAGCAAAAGCUCUCUCCUGAGCGUCCUGCCACGCCUCCUCAUGUCGUGGUGCCCCCUAUCACAAUUACGACCUCUCCUUAG